AGUCAACCAUCAGACAGGAGAAGAAGUGAAAGGAGCUGACGAGAGUCACCAGAAGAAUCAAAGGACUGAACAAGUUGAAGCAGUGGAAGCCUCCUAAGAUGAAGACAUUCAGUGUUGCAGUUGCAGUGGCCGUCGUGCUCACCUUUAUUUGCCUUCAGGAGAGCUCUGCUGGCUCAUUCACUGAGGUGCAAGAGCUGGAGGAGCCAAUGAACAAUGAGGGUCCAGUUGCUGCAUACAAGGAGAUGCCAGAGGACUCCUGGAAGAUGGGGUAUGCCAGCAGACGCUGGAAGUGUCGCUUUUGCUGCCGUUGCUGUCCUCGCAUGAGAGGAUGUGGUCUCUGCUGCAGGUUCUGAGGAUUCCGGCUGCAGUCUGAGAUUCACAUGACAACCACUAAAUAU